AUGGCGCUGCUCGAAUGGGCUGUCUUGGCCGCCAGGCAGACCACUGGCGACUCACAAAGUCUGCCGAGCGGGACACGGGCGCCGACUCUGUAUGGGUUCAUGGGUUCGUUUGGGCCCUUAGCCUUGUGCGCGGUCGUCUUGCGCUUCUACUCCCGGUACCGGUUUGCCAGGAUCGGGUGGGACGACAUCACCAUCGCCAUUGGCUUGGUGCUCUAUACCGGACUCAUCGUGGCGACGGUUUUUGCGAUCCGCUACGGCCUUGGGGUGCACAUCUGGGAAGUCCCUCAAGACACCGAGGUGCAGAUGCAAAAGUGCGGCUUCACCUCGCAGGUUCUGUACCCGUCAUCUCUGGGCGUCGUCAAGUUGUCCCUCCUCCUGUUCUUCCUCCGGGUCUUGCCCGCGGACCACACGUGGCGGAAGGCCCUGUUCUGCCUCGCCGCGUGGGUUGUGACUUCGGAAAGCGCCUUCACCAUCGCCUUGUUUCUCCAAUGUCGGCCCCUCAAUUUUUAUUGGGACAAGACGGUCGACGGCACCUGCUUUGAUCAGCCAAAGUUCUACUACGUUGAUGCCGCACUGAACAUGACAACGGACUUGGUUAUUCUGUCGUUACCGUGGUUCAUCUUCAGGGGUGAGUGUGCCUUCAUCACCUCGAGCAUUUUGUUUGUGAUUGGUGACUGA